GGAAACAAUUGGAGAGACGUCGGCACGCGUGGAAGGUACUGACGAAGUUGAUGGAUUGUCUGGCGAAUGAAUCGAGAGAUUUUGGUGGGAAUCAGGAGUAACGUUUUUUAAGAGCGAACCCUGCGCGAUACGCGUCGUAAAGUACAGAGACUUAGUUCAUUUUGCGAAGAGCAAUCACCUGUCGACUAUCUACAUACGAGUGCAGAAGGGUUUGAGAGACUUAAAAUGCCAGAACCUUCUGACGAACGGAGGAUAACAUCAAAAAAAUCCAUACUCAAGGCUUACACCCUUCUGCGAUCCCUACAGCCAGAAAAAUCGAAGCUACGAAGGCCUGGACAGCCAGUGAAGAGGAUCGUAAAAGCAAAAAAAAGAAAGACUGAUAGCAAAGCCGAUCGAGUCAUGAAGACCCUGGUCCCGAACUACCCCCCAAAUGUCAAGAAGUUUCCCUGGCAUGACCUCUUCAUGAUGCAGGAGAUUCGUAACGCCAUGGGCAAGCAGGACUGGAUCGCCCUGCAGAGGUUGUUUCCCUACUGUGGGACAGACCCCCUCGCCUUCCAGCCAAUGAAAUUCACUUACGGAUUUCUCUUGUGCCUCUGCAGUCACAUCAGCAACGAAAAUGAUUUCAAGAGCUUUCUAGAGACCUGCAUCAGACACGACGUCGUAGAGAAGGGGAUUUUGGAGAAGCUGAUGACACUGCAGAGGACAUACCGCCGACAGACGACAACUGGUGAGAAGGAUUGAGGUUGAGGAGUCAGUGAAUGAAUUCGUCAUGCUAAUUAAUGUUCUAUAUAUAAUUGUAUUUUCUUUGUAUUGUACAUUAUCUCUCGUUAAUUACUUUCAAUCGAUAGUUAUUUCUCAGUAAACAAUUUAUUUAUUAAUA